UGGGUAGGUAAGAAUUUGCUUUAAUAAAUAAGCAUGCUUUCUUAUUUAUCAAAAACACUAUAGAGAAGCAAUAAACCAUGGAGAUUGAAACUCUUUCUAGAGAAACUAUCAAACCUUCGUCACCAACACCAUCUGAUUUGAGAAUAUACCCUCUUUCUUUUAUAGAUAACGCUUUUUACCGCAAGUAUGUGCCAGUUCUUUUCUUUUACAACCCAAACGAAGUCACUAACCAAACUUCAAAAAUAUCACAACUCCGCAAAUCGCUCUCUCAGGUUCUUUCCAGAUACUAUCAUUUUGCUGGUAGAUUGAAAGACAAAACCACCAUUGAAUGCAAUGAUCAAGGUGUGUCAUUUAUCAUCACAAAGAUCCAACACAAUUUAUCAGAAAUCGUCCAAAAUCCCACAGAAGAAUUGGUGAACCCGUUGUUUUCCGACGAGUUGCAAUGGAAAAUAAUGGAUUGGAGUGGAAGUUUAUUCAUCAUUCAAAUCAAUUGUUUCGCAUGCGGAGGAAUUGCGAUAAGUAUCCUCAUGACUCACAAGGUUGGUGAUGGUACCACUCUUUUCAAAUUCUUGAACGAUUGGGCCAUCAUCAACCAAAAACUAGAACAACAAAAAAAACAAGAGUUAUCGGUAUUAUUAUCACCUCUUUCUGGGGGAGCUUCGAUUUUCCCCCAGAGAGACAUACCUAUUUUCCAGGAACUUUCCAUUCCGGGUGGAAACAACAUAGUGUAUAAAAGAUUUGUAUUUGAAGCGUCAAAGAUUAAGUCGCUCAAGGAAAGGGUAAGAAAUUCUAUAGAUUUUUCUCCGACACGCGUACAAGUUGUAAGUGCAUUAAUUUACAAGCGCGCGGUUUCAACAAAGGGAUUAAGCUUCAAGAUCACACCAUUCGCCACAGUUGUGGAAGUUCGCAGAAGAAUGGUUCCACCAUUAUCAGAAAACUGGGUUGGGAACAUAGUUUGGUUUGCAUCUAUGAGUCCAAAUAAAGAGGAAAUGGAGCUGGAUGAAUUGGUAAGCAAGAUAAAAGAAGCGUUAUCGGAAUUUUGCGAGGUUUAUCCGAAAAAAUUUGAAGGGAAAGAAGAGGAGGAUUUGUCAUUCAUUUCUGGGUGUUUGGAACAUCUCAAUGAUGGUUAUUAUGAGAAUCAUAAUACGUAUACUUUUAGUAGUUGGUGUGGAUUUCCAGUUUAUGAUGUAGAUUUUGGGUGGGGAAAACCAAUAUGGGUAACCACUUUUGGUUGUUUUAUGAAGAAUUUAAUAUUUAUGAUGGAUACAAGAGAUGGAGAAGGGAUUGAAGCAUUUGUGAGCAUGGAAAAGAAUGAUAUGGAUGCCUUUGAAAAUGAUGUUGAGAUUCUUCAAUAUGCAUCUCUCAAUCCAAGUAAUGUUUGACAUGAGUUAUAUGGGUAGGUUAUUUUCAAUAAGUUUUGAAUUUCAUGUGUUCCGUGGAUUUAUUUAAAUAAGUUAUUAUAGUUUAGUCCAUAUUAUUUCUCUUUA